AUGUGCAUGAGCUUGCAGGGAUUUGGUGUACCGGAUUUAGGGCCAGACAGGAACUGGAAAGGUAUUGCCAUCUCUCUGCUGGUCAUUGUGGUCGUGCUGUCGCUCAUUGGACUGGCCAUUGUUCUUCUGUCCAAAAAUGACGGCUCCAAGUCUCUAGGCACCCAGUUGACCCUAGAUGACCUCUUUCAGCGAGAGUUCCAGGUGCAUGACCCUGAUGCCAAGUGGAUCAAUGAUGAGAUCAUUUUCAGGACCUGGGAUGGUGACGUGUUCAAAGCCAACAUGCAGAGCAAUGAGACAGACCGUCUACUGAAAAACACCACUUUCGCAACGUUUAAGGCUUCCAAGUUUGGGGUUUCUCCAGAUCUCAACUUUGUUCUUCUGGGUUAUGAUAUUAAAGAGGUGUACCAGCAUUCUUUCCUGGCAUCUUACUUGAUAUACAACCUGCAUACAAGGGAGGUACAGGAGCUGAACCCUCCAGAAGUGUCAGACUCUGUCCUGCAAUUUGCUUCCUGGGGCAUCCGGGAUCAACAGCUGGUGUAUGUCUUUGAAAAUAACAUUUACUACCAGACGGAUGUCAAAAGAAGCUCUUGGAGACUGACGUCCUCGGGACAAGAAGGAGUGGUCUUUAAUGGGAUCGCUGAUUGGUUAUAUGAAGAGGAAGUGCUGCACUCUCAAGUGGCUCAUUGGUGGUCUCCUGACGGGUCCCGACUAGCCUACCUCACCCUUAACAACACCCUGGUACUCAACAUGAUCCUGCCUCGCUUCACUGGCUCCCUCUACCCCAAGGGCCAACAGUACCCUUACCCCAAGGUGGGGAAGGUCAAUCCCACAGUUAAACUUUACGUUGUCACCUUGGAUGGGGGAUCCCAGACAACUGAACUGCGACCUCCCAAUAGCUUUGAGAAAAGUGACUACUACAUUACCAUGGUAAAAUGGGUCACAGAGGAGAAGAUCGCGGUGCGCUGGUUGAACCGAGCCCAGAACACCUCCAUACUUUCUCUAUGUGAGGUCGCUAUGGGGGCGUGUGUAAAGAAACAUGUGAUGACAUCAGAGAAGUGGCUUGAUUGUCAGAAUGAAGAGCCAGUGUUUUCCAAGGAUGGGAAUACAUUCUUCCUAACCAUGCCAAUAAGACAUGGCGAACAAGGGUCAUUCCACCAUAUCGCCAUGAUAUCUGACCAGUUCAAUGGUGAUGAGGUCAACAUGCGCCACCUGACCUCUGGUAACUGGGAGGUAUCUCAGAUCCUGGAGUAUGAUGAGAGAGCAGUUACAGUUUACUUCCUUAGCACAGAAGAUGGUUCAACCCAAAGACAACUCUACAGGGUGUCGGCAAUGGAUCCAUCUCAACGUGAAUGCCUGACCUGCUCCCUGUUCAAACCACAGUGCUCCUACUAUGAUGCAGCCUUCAGCCCAGACUGUCAGUAUGUCCUGCUGAACUGUAGAGGUCCUGGCAUACCCAGAAGUACCAUUCACAAACUGAAUGACAUGAGCACGCUCCGUCUGGAGCUGACCUUGCCAAUAGAUUUUGAUGAGAACACUGCGCAUCCACUUCUGCUGAUCCUUGACAGUGCACCUGGUGGCCAUGCAGUGAGUGACCAGUUUGUUCUGGACUGGGACUCAGUUCUGGUCAGCUCAGAUAACGUCAUUGUGGCUCGUCUGGAUGGCAGGGGGAGUAGGUUCCUGGGCCAGAGGGUUCUACAUGAAGUCCAUCAGCGUUUGGGAACUGUGGAGGUCCAGGACCAGAUCACAGCAGUAGAGUACCUGACCAAGCUGCCAUAUGUAGAUAAAAACAAGGUGGCAGUUUAUGGAAAGGCUUAUGGGGGCUUCCUGAGCUCUCUUCUUCUCCUCUCCUCUGGCUCCAUGUUCAAGUGUGGGGUUGCUGUCGCUCCCGUGACAGACUGGAGACUCUAUGGUUCGGCCUUCACUGAGCGAUACUUUGGAUUCCCAGUCAAGGAUGAGCAUAAAUACCAAAUUUUCCCAGAUGAAGGCCACAACAUUGACUCUUUGAAGAGUCGACAGUACAUGCUGAACUCUGUCUUGACCUUCUUCAGGAAAUGCUUCCUAGAGGAAAUCCCUGAAGCUCCUCCUGUGUCUGAGGACGACUAG